AUGUCCGCAGGAGAAGUAAAGAAAGAACUUCCGCAACCUAUCAUACAUACGUACCCGUUAUGCAAGACAACCGAUAUGCCAGAAGAAAUGAAACAGGAGGCAUUAGAGUUGUGCACUACGGCUGCAGAAAAAUAUGCUGAUAAUUAUGAACAUGCUGCUAAAAUGAUUAAAGAAAGUCUUGAUAAAAAGUUUAGUCCUCCGUUUCAAGUUGUAGUUGGCGAGGCUUAUGGUUUUUCUGUAACAUACCAAGAAAAAACUUUACUCUACAUGUACACUGGAGGCAAUCUUGCAGCUCUGAUUUGGAGGACGGUCACUGGUUUUUCCUAA